CUAGCAGCUGUGAGUGUGCGCGGCCCGGGCCAUGCAGCCACUGGAGGUAGGUCUGGUUCCCGCUCCAGCGAGGGAGCCGAGACUGACCCGCUGGCUGCGGAGAGGCAGUGGGAUCUUGGCGCACCUGGUAGCUUUGGGCUUCACCAUCUUUCUGACUGUGCUGUCCCGGCCGGGAACCAGUCUUUUCUCCUGGCACCCUGUAUUCAUGGCCUUGGCGUUCUGCCUCUGUAUGGCAGAGGCCAUCCUGCUCUUCUCGCCUGAGCACUCCCCGUUCUUCUACUGCUCCCGAAAGGCCCGGAUACGACUUCACUGGGCAGGACAGAGCCUUGCCAUCCUCUGUGCAGCCCUGGGCCUGGGCUUCAUCAUCUCCAGCAGGACCCGCAGUGAGCUGCCCCACCUGGUGUCCUGGCAUAGCUGGGUAGGGGCUCUGACACUGCUGGCCACUAGUGGUCAGGCACUGUGUGGGCUCUGCCUCCUCUGUCCUCGAGCAGCCAGGGUCUCAAGGGUGGCUCGCCUCAAGCUCUACCAUUUGACUUGUGGACUGGUGGUCUACCUGAUGGCUACAGGAACGGUGUUCCUAGGCAUGUACUCAGUGUGGUUCCAGGCCCAGAUCAAAGGUACAGCCUGGUACCUGUGCCUGGCACUGCCCCUCUAUCCGGCCCUGGUGAUCAUGCACCAAAUCUCCAGCUCCUACUUGCCAAAGAAGAAAAUGGAAAUGUAAGUUCCUCUGAACUCUGAACGUAGGUGAGACACUUACCUGGGACUUAAAUGUUUCCUCUGGUGACCUUCAAGGGAUCCACUUCUUGUGCUUCUUAGCUGGGCCAGGGGCCGCAGAAACGCAAACUGCUAUUGCUGAUGACGAUCCACGGGGCCAAAAUGGGGAAAUAUACUGGGUGCAAGUGGAAGGUGAUUGGGGUGGGGGCUUGGUCCUGAAGCCUCCACUCUUGAUGGGAGACAGAAGUGUUGGGUGGCGGUGGUGUGGUGUGGUGUGGUGUGGAUGGAGAGUUGGGUUACGGUAACUUAUGAAUGAGCACAAUGGCUCUUUGGGUCUGUUUGAGAAAGCAGUGUGGAGACAGCCCAUGGGUUAUGGUUCCUGUAGGCUCUAAUGUGCAACCGUAGGCAAGUCACAUGUCUCAGGACCUCAGUUUCCAUAUCUGUGUCAUGGGUGAGUUUCUAAACAAUCUCCUAAUAUUCAGUGUCUGGCAGGUUGAUGCCACAGAACACUCUCCCCGCUUCAGAACGGUGGCUGGACCGCUAAGCAGACUCAGGAUAUGAUUCACACAAUUGUUAUUCUCUUAUCCCUCUGAAGGGACAGGUCUGCCCUUGUGGCCUUCCAGGAAUCUGUGCCGAUUUGGCCCCUGGACUAGGGCACAGAAGGUCAGGCACUGUGGAAAGAAGGGUCCCGUGUGAGGCUCUCUUGAACUCCAAGACAGUAAAGGCACUGAAGUCACUUUAAAGCUUUUGAAGGAGCAGAAGGGCAUUGGCGUAACCAAGCCUGUGGCUCCUGGCUGGGCAUCUCAGCUCAGUUAAGAACUUCCUCCAGCCCACCUCCGAAUCUAGGCUUGAGGGCCUGCAGGACGUGGGUUUGUACCUUCCUCUGACAUGCGUUCUCAGUGGAAAGUAGUCCUGAGCACCUCAUGUUUGCCCUGCCUAGGGCUCACAUCUCGCCUUAGCACAUAGCUUUGGGGCGGUAUUCUGAAACUUUUAGAACAAAAUAAGAGCUAAGGGGGAGGGGUAGGGCUUUUCUGAUCUGGGGAAAACGAAGUCCCCCUGGUUCCCCUUCUCAGCUAAGCUUUUCUCAGUUGCGGUCUCUUGCCAGCUCUGUGGUCUAGCAGGGGGCUGAGUUUGGUGCCAGUUGGCAAGAAAGGGCUGGGCCCUCUUCCCUGCAGAGACCCCUCAUUCCAAACUGAAGGUAGUUCCUCAGACCGCUCCCAGGGGUGAGGGCUGGAUGCCAGGCUGGUUAACUGUGACCUGGCUUGGUCGGGGAGAUGGGACCUUAAGAUCAUGGCCAGGACUGAAGACGGCCAAGCCAGUAAAGCUGAUGUUGAGGCAAGCAGAGACAGCUCAGGGGACACUCUGGGAGGCCUGGGUAUAGGGGCUGGAGCUCCAGGUCCCAGGAGAAGGGUAGGAGUUCCUGGAUGGCAAUAAUUUAGACAUCCCAGGUCUUCCUAAGAUGUAAGACCUCCCUGGCCGGGCAACUCGGAAGCAGGGAGGUUGGUACGAUUUAACAGCCCAGGAAUUGGGACUGCAAGGGCACGAGCAUCCUCUGAGGGGAUCUCACUGGGUCAAAGCAUCUCCAGGAGCUCUCCAGACCCAGAGCAUCUAAAGGGGGUUGCUCAGAGGGUGAUUGUACCUGUCUCCUUGCCUGCUCUUCUCUCUCAAACUACCCAAUGUGGACUGAAUGUGGAGGAGAUGGUUCCUGGGGCAUUCUUACCUAGGGUCACUUGGAUUAGGGACUUCAUCUCCUUCCCCCCACCCCCCCAUCACAGCCAGUGCUGGGAGUCCCAUCCUGUCUACAGCAGGGUGACAGGGCUGGGUGAGGUUCACCCGCUUCUGCGAGCCAAGCAGGCAGUGCCAUAAAGCCUGAGCCUGCCUGAGGUGUUGCCUCCUCCCAGGUGGUGCGGGGGCUGGUGGGCGGGCGGGCAGGCGGGCUGACAGCCGGCAGUUUGCGUGGGCUGUGCCAGCUGAUGUCUAUUCCCAGCCCUCGGAGGAAGGGGGAAGUCAUUUAUAUUCUGCAGGAGGAAGGGGCCCCAGCUGUCACCUCUCUGACCAGGAGGCCUGGAGGGCAAGGGCACAGGGCUGAGAGGAGGGCACAGGUGGUCUUCUGCUUAGCCUGACUGCAGUAUAGGGAGUAGGUCACCAGGAGGAGCCCUUCUUCCCGGUUGGCCAGAUUGUGGGGGGACUUCCCGCCCCCCUUCUCUGCAUCUCCAUCACCACCUGCCCUCACAUCCUGGGCCAGCAGCUGGACAACCAUUAGACCUCAGUGCCAGGGCACUCUUCCUCCAGCUGGGAUCUCGGUGGCUGCCUGCUACAUAUGCCUCCUGCUUGUGUCUUUCCUCCUCCCUACACCCUCUGUUCCUCCCACCUCUCUGUGUCUCCCCAUCUGGGAUGUUAGCUGGGCCCCUCGGCAAUGAGGCCUUGCUUCUUAGGGGAAGCAGCGAACAGCUGCCCUUUUGCCCUUGUUCCCUGGCUAGGAAAAGCUGCUAGUAGUCAGCCUGUACUGCCUUUAAAAAAAAAAAAAAAAGCCAGGGUGCUCAAAUUAAAAAGAAAAAAAAAAAAAAAAAAAGCAUGUCAUUUGCACAAAUUUGCAUAUCAGGCUCACUAAGACUUGAUUCCAAAUAUGAUAUUUUAAACUCAACCUUGAGGACAUUAGAAAUGUAGAUGUCUUUUGUAACCAAAUCCAAAUGGUAACAGGAUUACCAGUCUGGGUUCAGACGCCCGCCGCCCCACCCAGUCCCCAUCUAUCCUGUAACCACUCCCCUGGAGCCCCACCAGGGCUGGGCUUGGUGUUGAAUGGCAGGAGCCCUGUGUCUGGGGAAUUCUUCCAGCCUCACCUUCUUGGCUGUUCAGCUGCAUCAGAGGUAGGCCGCUAUCCUUGCCAGCCUGUUUCUCCUCUCCCUACCAUGUCACGGGACAGACUGCCCAUCCCAGUCCCUGACACCGGAGUCCUGUCCCUUCUUUCUCCUGGUCUCCACCCUUCCACCCCCAGGCAUGGCUGCUCUGGGUCUUGUUUUUCAAACCUCACCGUGGGAGAUCCAGACCUCCUCCCUGAGCCAGCUGGCUGCUGUGCCGAGGCCUGUUCAGAGUUAAUAAUAAUCAUUAGCCGCACUGUGCUGGGGCCUUUCAGCUCCAGGGCCCUAGGCACUUGCAGGCUGAGCCAGCCAGCCCUCACCCCCUCCUCCUGGGCAGCUAGAGUGUAAUGGAAUGGAGAGGGCCUGGUCAGAGUCUCACUUCCUAGCCAUGGCUUGAGGCUGCCUUCCUCUGGGAGUGGGCCCUGAGCUUCCUCCAAGUAUCUUACUACGGCCCUUCCACCUGACAAAGAUCAAGAGGUGGGGAACACAGCGUAGGCUCCCCUGAGAGCAGCCGUGGCGAUUGCUGACCUUGAACCUCCAGUACUCUUGUCCUUCCUUCUGUUACCUGUCAUAACUUCCAGAGGACACCCCUGGUCCUGAUGCCCCAAUCUCAGCAUUUCUGGUCAGAUUGCUUCUUAGGGGAAGCAAUCCCUCAGGGAGCAGGGAGGCUUCCGGUUAGUGCUCCGCUGCUCCUGUAUCCGGUGGACAGAAGGGCCUGUGUAUCAUGCGGUGAGAAGUGCACUGAUCUGGGAGCCGGGAGAGCUGCGGUCUACAUUUGCUCAGCUCCUAACACUGGUGUGGCUGUGGGCAAAUUGCUUACUGCCUGACCUACCUCACAGGGAUGUUGUGAGGGUUUGAUGAGAGAAUGCAUGUUAACAGGCAUUGAAAAGUCCAAAGCAUUAAACAAAUGUAAACAGGU